UGAUGUGUUUAGACCAAUCAUGCGCAAGCAAAAUUAUUUGAUGCAUUGUAAGUUCCAAUAUGAACAGACAGCAAAAUUCAACCCAGUAACCGAGCCAACCUGGCAGUUGCCAGGCUCCAUAUGGAGAUCAAGGCCCAAGUUUUGUUCCUACAAGUAUUUGAGGAAAACCCUUCGAUUGUCAAUUUUCUGUUGCUAGGUAUUGACAUGUUAUGAGACAGGAGUACCGUAUUGUUUGGAUCCAUACACACUAGAGACACUUGGUCCAGAGUAUCUGAAUGGUCACUUAAACCUGGGAUGCUUUGCUGCACAUUUCAGGAUUGAUUCUGAAAGAAAGCGACUCGUGUGUAUAAGUAUGCGCCCAGGAUUUGCACAGAGAUCUCCCAGCCUAACAGUAUAUGAAUUUGACCCAUCAUGGAAUUUGUGUCAAAAGCAAAUCCAUCAUAUUGAAGGUUUGAAUUAUGCGCACGACUUUGUCCUGUUACCUGACUACUAUGUGUUCCACAUGACGCCAUUUGUCAAGGGAUCCUGGUGGAUAACCACAAAGAUCUUGUUAGGGUGGAGUUCACCAGGAGAUGAGAUGAGGUAUUACCCAGAGCUGCCUUCACGCUUUGUUAUCAUACCGCGCCAUACAAGUGGUGAUAGUGCAGGGGUGAUGUUUGUGGACACAGAUCCCUGUCAUAUCUUCCAUUUUGGCACAGCCCAGCAGGUUGGCAACAAGAUCGAAUUCUCCGCUGUGUGUCUGGACACCAAUUUUGACAUGACUUUCGACAGUGAGAUCUGGCUGAGUAACACCUCCGUGUCACCAGGCCUCGCUUACAGUUUCACCAUCGACUUGACCUCAAAGCGUUGUUCUCGAACACAAAUCGAUCGCGCCAGCGUGGAGUUCCCGUCCACGCACCCUUACAGACACGGAAUACGUGGGACGCGUUAUAACUACUUCAUGGCAUGCGAUAGACCUGGGUUUAACCUUCCUUACCGGGACGUGGUUAAGUUAGACGCUGAAAACGGUCAUCGUCAAGUCUGGUACUCUCACGGCUGCCUUGGCGAACCUGUCUUCGUGCCCCGACAGGGUUACGAGUCCUGGCGAGAAGGCGACGAAGAUGAUGGAUACGUCAUCGUUCAGGUGUAUAUCCCGGAGAGGCACGUGACCGAGUUCUGUGUGUUGGACGCUAAGGAUGUCGGGAAGGGACCUUUAGCGAGGAUCAAACUGAAGCACCACGUGCCUUAUGGUUUCCAUGGCACCUUUACUCCUGAGGUCUUCACUCAUAGGCCUAGGCUGGUUUCAAAGUUGUAAUAAAGGAGCUUGAAGUUCUGGAAGAGCCGUCGUUUUCGACAGCAUAAAAAAACUAAGGGCCACAUAAGUUAAAAUAUUUAAUUCGCUUGAGCUUUUUGACGAAAUUUCUUUGCCAUUUCUGUUUGCAUAUGAUGGAUGUAACUUUAUUUGAGUCUAUGAAUGAUUUGACCAUUUUGGCUGAAGAAGGUUGGGCACGUAAUAGAACGUUUUCGUAUGACGUCUUGGCAGCCAUGUUGGUGUGUGAAGAUCUCCUACUGUUUGGGAGCACCAAUGUUGUCAAAGAGAAAACUAUUCUUGCGAAAACUGACCAGAGAAAGUAACAUGAUUUCAGUUGUUUUAAGUGUUACAAGUUUGAGAAAAUUUAGAAGUGGGGUGGGGUGGUGGAUAGAGGGCCAAAUAAAAAGUACCCUACAAUUGGGUGAAGGGCUUCGGAGGGAAUUAAACAGUGUUUUUUCCUGAGUUAUGCACCACAAUUUUUGCUUUCUGUUCACGGAUCGCUUAUAGUUUGUAUGAGGUUAUUUAAAUUCGAUUGUGACUACAGUUGACAAAAUUAAAAAUAACUUGCCUUUUGAA